CUCUCUCUCUCUCUCGUUCCCUCUCUUCUGGUCUGUCUCAUCCUCGUCUCGCUGUUGAUCCGUCUCUAAAAUGAUCGCAGACGCGCAUCAGAUGUUGAGGAUUCAUGCACCUGGAGGCUGGAGCUGAACUCGACGAUGUCAUUCGGAUGUAAAUAGGUUACUCCGGCGGACAGAGACGACGCAGAAAGCUAUCUUACCUGACCUUCCCGAAGCUUUAGUUAUUGUUCUGAUAAGCAAAUCGUCAUGGAUCUGUCAUUUAUGGCCGCGCAGAUCCCUGUGAUGACAGGAGCCUUCAUGGACUCGUCGCCUCACGAUGACUACAGCACGGAUCACUCUCUCUUCAACUCGUCCGCUAGCGUCCACGCCGCCGCUCUGGCAGCUCACAACCAACAGGAGGAGCAGCAGCCCAUGUCCCGAGACGCCAUCUGGCUGUGGAUCGCCAUCACCGCCACCAUCGGGAACAUCGUAGUGGUGGGCGUCGUCUACGCCUUCACGUUCUGACCUGAACCAAACCAGCUGAACUUUGGAGACAUAUUUGGCUUCGAGUCCCACCAAACCCCGGGGGCCCCUCAUCGAGGAAAAGAGUGUGUGCAAUCUUUCAAGAAAAAAAAUUGCACAGUGUUAGUUGUUUAUUUGUCGUUUUUGUUUCGGUUUUUUUUACACAGAAUGGUGUUUAGAAGCUCCAGGAAUUGUUUUUGAUUUAUUGUCAUUUUCAUGUUGAAAACUUUGUAAAGUAGAUUGUUUAAUGCUAAACAAGUCUAACGUGAAGCAAACCCACAGAUUUUUUCUCGAAUGACUAAUACUGCCAGACUUUUGCCAAACAAUUUGUACGUUUUUGCUUUUAGUAUGUAAUAACUAAUGCCGUUGUUAAGCUUUAAAUGUCUAGAGGGCAAACGCCGUUCUCUGAAAGUCGUCCAACUACCUUUUUAAAGCAGCAAUUAGAAAGUUGAAAUGAAUCCCAAACCUAAUUUUGAAAAGUAACCGUAAAAUAAUGUAAAUAGAGGAAGAGCAGUAUGUAAGUGCCCAGAACAGAAAACUAAACCCUUUUUUUAUUAAAGUAUUUUAACCUUGGUAAGAAACAGAGGUAUUAAGCGAUAAAAGCACUUAAAAUCGUCUUGAUUCAUAGGGUGUUUAUAAACAUUGGUUGAUUAUCUUUUUUUUCACCCCAGGACAUGUCACUUUGGAGACAAUCUCUUCUUUUUAUGGUAACAUGGUAACACCUUCACUUUAGUUGAGUUCAGUUUAACAUUUAAGAAAUGCAUCACACAAUGAUUUUAAUGAAGACCUGCAUACUAGUAAAUUAUUUUAUACUGACUAUCAUUCCAUCCCUUUAGUUGAGGGUAACAGGUUAAGCUUGUAUUUUGUAGAGGUCAAAGCUUUAGUUUUAAUGAGCUCAGCAUAAAAAGGUAGGGUUGCCAUGGUGACUGCUUCAUGCUGUCUGGGAAAUAGUGGCUGGGUCUUCUUACCCGAUCAUCACACACCUGCAAACAUCUUUACUGCUCACUGCCGCAAAGCAACUGUCCAAACAAACAUGCACAUGAAGAGUCUUUUUCUUUUAUUCACUUAAUGUAUUUAUUUUAAAUUGUGUGUGUUUUCAUAAGUGUUUCAAAGCCUUAAUACACAAAUGAAGCAUUUGACUGGACCAACAAUUUUACUUAAAAGAAAUUAAUUAACUGCUCCAAUUUUUCUUAUGCAGGUUAGGUCUUUCUAGAGAAGCUAGCUGACUAGGUUAAACCAAGUUCUCCCAAAAAAUAAAAAUAAAUUGCACAGAAUUCAUCCUAAGGCAAUUCAAGAUGAGUUUGUUCGACUUGGUGACCGAUGGAUUCUCUGCAGUGAUUGGGUGCCGUCAGAAUGAAUGUCCAGACAGCUGAUAAAUUGAUCAUAAUAAUCCACAUGUCUCCAGUUCUUCAUUUAAGAAAUAGUUCACCCAAAAAUGAAAAUUAUGUAAGAAAUCAAUCCAUCAUAUAUUUCUUUAACUACAAACUAUUGUUUAUGGCUAAAUAUUAAUCCUCAAUCCCCCCGAUCAAGCACUUUUUGAAAGUCCAAAAGCAUUUUAAACAAAUAUAUAGGUAGAUUUUGAUGGUGUUCAUUACUUGUGGAUUGUUGUGAUGUUUUUAGCAUCAUUCCGACGGCACCCAUUCACUGCAUCAUUUGCUCACCACUGCAAUGCCAAAUAUGUGUUCUGUUCAGAUAAAAAAAAAAAACACUCAUGUACAUCUCGUCUUUGAUUUUUGAUUCCUUUAGACUAGUUUGUUAAGCAGAUUAAUGGGAACACCAUUUGUUACUGCUGGGCUUUUUCCACACAUUUUUUUUUUAGGUUUUAUUUUAAUGCAAAUCAUGCAACUCCCAAACAUUUUCAGAUGUUUAUGAACAAUAAAACUAAGAGAGAGAGAGAGAGAGAGAGAGAGAGAGAGAGAGAGAGAGAGAGAGAGAGAGUUUAGUAAAGUUAUUUCAUACCAGUUGAAUUUUACAAACCAGUCAUAUCUUCAGUAUUUUUACUGUAAAACCUAAGGGACAGUUACUAAUUGAGUCGUUAUCGACCGGACAGUUUUCAGACUGUGACGGUCAUUGUAUUGAUCUGAUCGAUGGACUUUGGACCUUAUUUAUAAGGCUGACCGAAAUGAAACGGUUUUAGCUGCGGUUCAGCGGGAUUAAAUGGACUGGGACCAAGCCAAGGUGAUCAUCUAUCAUCUUCUCUGCAGUGGAUUGCACUAGGAAAUGGAGUUAAAUAUAUGCUGAACAGGAAAAUGGCCUUCACUUUAUCAUUGACUUUGAUUCAUUGACUGGAAGGUCUCACGUUGUUAUGUAAAAAUACUUCACAGAUAAACUACUGCCGCAAUGAAGUUUGAUGAAGAGCUGAUUGUUAAUUAUAGAGUAUAAUACACUCUAAUUGGAAAGACUGUCGAAAUGUCCUUCAAAGUCACUUUUGCUGGUACCACCGCAGUUCCUAAUAGAGGAACAUCUGUUAUUAGGCCAGCUCAAAUCACGUUCUUCAAACCACAGUAAAACUUCAUUUAGAAGUGUGCUGCGAAGUAAGGAUUUUCCGCUCAGCAACAAUGUAGAUAAUACGAUUCUUAGUAAAAGUCUUGUCUGUUGAUGUUGAGAGGUCUUUAUAUAGAGGCCUGAUAACUAGUUUUAGCACAUGAACACCAGUGUGUUCAGCUCAAGUCUGCUUUACCUGCACUGCAACAUGUUUCUUUUUGUAUUGAAAAACCACUGUUGAAUUAAACGACUCAUUGAACACCAGAUGUGUGACUGUCAUACACUUAUGGUAACAAAUCUGCUCAUAUUGAUGGCCUACA